AGAGCCGGGCUGAGCAGGGCAGAGCCGAGAGCCGAGCGGGGCAGAGCCGAGCCGCGGCAUCAUGCUGGGCAUGGUGAAGAACUCGCUGCUGAGCACGGUGGAGGCAUGGCCCUACCGCCUGCUGAGCAAGGGCGAGAAGGACCAGCUCAGCUACGAGGAGAGGGCGUGCGAGGGCGGCAGGUUCGCGGCGGUGGAGCUGGUGGGGAAGCCGUUCGACGAAGCCUCGAAGGAAGGGGCAGUCAAGCUCCUCAAGUACGUCGGAGGAAGCAACGACAAGGGAGUUGGAAUGGGCAUGACUGCUCCUGUCUCCAUCACUGCUUUUCCUGCUGAAGAUGGCUCCUUUCAGCAGAAGGUGAAAGUCUCUCUGCGGAUCCCGAGCCAGUUUCAAGACAACCCUCCUUGUCCUACUGAUGAAAGCAUUAAGAUUGAAGAAAGACAGGGGAUGACCAUUUAUUCCACGCAGUUUGGUGGCUAUGCCAAAGAGGCAGAUUAUGUGAGCUAUGCUGCCAAGCUGAAGGCUGCUCUGGGGAGUGAUGCUGCAUACCACAAGGAUUUCUACUUGUGCAAUGGUUACGACCCCCCUAUGAAGCCUUAUGGACGCCGCAAUGAGGUCUGGUUUGUGAAGGAGUGAACAUCUGGCUCCCUGUGGUGCUGCCUUGCAGUGAUAACCUCCCCAAACUAUGGCCCCGCCCUCUUUAAAAUAAACUAAUAAUUCAGCAGAGGGAAAAAACUGUCACUAUCUUUCUCCAUGCCAAUGCCUUAGUCUUUUAUGGACCAUAAAAGUCAUUUUAGAAGAACACUUGCUGACCCUCCUGAUGAUCCUGCUCCUUCAUUCCAGAUCAGGUCCUCAGCCACACAGUCUCUUUUGAUCUCUCCGUGGCUUAUUUUAUCUCCUUUGUGCUUCCAGAGUUCAGUGCUGAGAAAGCCAAAAGUACUUAAUUGACUGGUGCCUGACAGGAGUCACGUCCAAGUGUAGGCAGACUAUUAGUCUCACCUGAGACGGGCAGGAGAACAUGACAAAAGUGCACACAGAGACUUUUUUAUCUCCUUCAAUUUGCUGCAGCUGUAAAAUGCAGCUUUUAUCUUUGCCAUUCCACUAAAGGGACACAGACAUUGCUGCCAACAAAACACAGAGAAAAUAAAAACCCUUUACAUUAAUUGAGAGUGUGCAGAGGAUCAACGUUUCUGUCAUCUGUCUGAGAAAUGUUUUUCAGAGAAAGAUCCGAAUUCUGUUUGCAGCUUUCUUCUGUUUGAGGAGAGAUGUUUUGGUGUGUGCUGUGCCUUCAUCUCAGCUAGCAGCUGGACAAUGUGACCUGGAGACCUCAAGAUUGUUUCCUCACCUUCCUAUUACUUUUGUGUAAUGUUUUUUUACAACUAGCCUAUGCAAGGGCCAAAGCAGAAGUAUGUGUGGUUAUCAAAUUGAAUAAGAGAAGUGCAAGGCUGGGAAGAAAGCAGAUGCUUAUUACUUGUAAUCCGAGGGUGCAUUUGAAGAAUGGUGAACAUAUGGUGAAGCUACCAUGGGUGCCAAUCUAAAAAAACGUUUCUUAAAAUGUGUCAGUUUCUGAAGGGCUACUCAGACCAGCCGUUUUCUUUAGAGGAGGAAAAGGAAAACAUGGCUAUCCUGGAAAGCAGGGACUUGGGUCAAAUAAUGAGUAGCCUUUUGGAAACUUCAAGUACAGUAGCAAGUGUGUGGGUCACGUUUCAGGAAGAGUAGCAAUGUUGAAAUGUCAGGCAUCAAGCCAGCAUUUUAGCUGUUGGCUCUGCCAGGGAGACAGCAGAAUACCCCAGUGGGAGCACUCACACACUCUGGGUAUGUAUAAUUCUUCAUUACCCGCACUAAAAGAGGUGUGGUCCUCUGGUGGUUAAGUGCCCCAUAGUUCAGGUGAUUUCCAAAAGCUGUUUUCCCCUGGAGCAGAAAGAGAUGUGUCAGAUGGAAUCGUAGCUUCUGGCUGGUCAAGCUGUUGCACGUGUGCCUGCUUUCUGAGAACAAAUCUCAGCAGUGAAAGGAGAAAACCUGAGGUUUUGAUGUGCCUUCCUUUUCUCUCUUGCUGCGCUAUAUAAGAGCUUUGCUGUGAACUUCGUAAGAGUUUCAGUCACCUGUGUGCAAGAGCAGCUAGUUCAGGAUGGGUAAAAAAAGCAGAUAUCAUUUAAUUAAGAAAAAAACAAACAACAAUGAUGGGGAAAAGCUGUUGGCUGUGAUUAGUGAUUGCAGUGCAGGGGAGAAAGAAUAAAAAGAGAAAUCAAAACAAACAAAGAAUUAGGCUUUUGAAGGAAUUUUUGAAGCAGCAAAUACCCCUUUAAGCUUGCACUUGAAUCCAAAGGGAUUGUUCAUGUCCCAGAUUAUUUUAACCUGGUGGGUGAGGAAUGGAGAAGCACAGUAUUGACCAGUUUAUGCCUUCCCAGGGUCAUUUUAGAAACUUGUGUGGAUACAGUCUGGUGACCUUCAAUGAUCAAAACCUUCAAAUUUCUCAAAAUUUAUCUUGUGAAAUCUCAUAUUAGGGAUGCCAAUAAUAAACCUGGUAUAAACAGAGCUGCACAGCUCAGCAGCAGGGUGGGGUUCUUUUAUAAAAUGCAUACCCUCUGAGCAGAGAGCGGGAGCUUUGGACCCAACAGUGAGUCUAAACAUUUGCAGACUCUGCCUGUGCAACCCUGCUACCGGCCUUUGCAUCAGGCAGGCAGGAUAGAAUUUCAUAAACAUUGUUAAAUAAUGUCAAAGCCUUGUGCAAACUGAAUUGCCUUUUCUGUACACACAAAGUUGCCUGUGUUUUGUCUGCAUUUUCUACAGUUUUGAAAUAAAUAAACAAUAAUAUUGUGAUUUACAA